AUGUCUUUCCCACCCUUCAAUUUUUUCAUUCUCCACCUUUCUUCCUUCCUUCCUCCACCUAACCCAGUUCCCCUCAUGGAUCUCCAAAUGUCUUUGACUGCUACUGUUGCUUCCAUGCUUAAGACUGCAUUUGGGGCCAUCCCCAACUUCUCAUCUGGCACUGUUCUCACAAGGGACCAUCUCACCAAGCCUAGACUCCAAGCCCUCUCCCUUUUGGCCAAUGCCCAAGCAGCCCUCCAACAACCCAAUCUUCCUGAUGAUACCAUCACUUCCCUUGAAGUCAGAUUGGCUGCUGCUGUCAUUUCCCAUGCAAUCCUGAAUCCAUAUGUAGUUGAUAGGGAUGUUGAUCAGUUUUCAGAUCCUUUGCCUGGUGCCAAGGACAAGUUUAUCUAUUUUGAACACCCCAACAUUGGCUCUCUGGAUGCUCCAGCCACAGUUCUAGAUAGGCAUGGCAGGCUCCUGGUAUGGUAUUUGCCAGGAAUCAUCCAUGGUGCAAGGAUUCAACUUCUCAAUGAACUUCACCUUUCCAUCAAGAACUCCCUCAGGUCAAAGCACAAGCACAAGCACAAGGACCUGUCCAGGGUUAACAAACAUUAUGGUCAUAAACAUCAACCUGCAGACUCUCCCACCUAUGGCCAUGGCAGGAUCUCCAUGUCUCCAGCCACCUUUGUGCAGGCUCACCAGGUUGGCUACUCCCUCUCAUCUGUUAAACUGUCACUGAGAUCCCUGAAGAGGCUUGUGGACAAUCUGCACCAAAGUGCUUCCCUCAAGAGGAAAGCUACAAGAAAAUGGCUCCAGCUGAUUGCCUAUGUUGAAAAGUUCUGGAGUGACAUUACAACAGUCACUUUGCCUGACCUUGCCAGGGCUGGCUCAGAAGUUGUCUCUGCAAAGACUGGCAGUGUGCUGAAUGAGGAUCCCUUGGACUGGCCAUCUGUCCUGUACCAACAUUGA